AUGCCUUCAGGAGUGCCAGGUUCAGCCCAAGUCGAUAGCGGUGUGCACUACUCUAAGUUUGCAGCCGUUGUGAAAGCAGCCGAAGGCCUUGAAGGUGAGGACUCAGGUUCAGAGGCUAGUUGGUUGCGUGACGGCCUUGAGUUGCCAGAGCCUUCGAACGAGGAGCAAGUUGAGGGCGCACCUCAGGAGGAGCCGCCAGAGAACAACCCAUCCCAGGAAGCCGUGAAGGAACCGGGUGAUGAUGAUGAUCCGUGGGAGGACAAACACAAUGUAGCGGCCAUGUCGGAUGAAGAGUUUGAUGAACUCGUGUGCAAGGGAGCUUUCACAGGUGCCAACAAGGUCUUGAGGUUUGUGGUCCCGAUCAAAAGCCGUCAUGGUGCACACAUCUUGGCAGGCCUCCAAGAGGUUGUUACUGAGUGCCACCGGAGUGGCUACCCCGUCCAAGUGGUCCACACGGACCGGGCGAAGGAUUUAAUGUCGAAAGGCAUCAUGGAUUGGUUGCAGUCUCAACUCAUUCAGCCCUCCUUCACCCAAGGGGAUGACCCUAAGUCCAACGGUUUGGCCGAGAGGUUGGUUGGGUGGGUGAAAGCAAGGGCUCGAUUGCAUUUGGCAUCGUCGGGCAUGGGGUUGAAAAAUGGCCUUCAGCUAUGGAGUUUGCUUGUGCUGAACACCGACAUCGGUUGUUGUGCAGAGAAGGUCGUGUGGGAGCAUGGCGUGUACCUACAUCCUACCACAAGGACAGAGGGAGGCCAUUUGCUGUUGCGAGCAGCAUCCAAUGCUUUCUUAGUGGCAAAGAACGUACGUACCACCGAGGAGUUGUUUGAUCCGGAAACCGAGCUCGGAGCCGAUAUGUUGGAGGCUGAGCUAGAGGACAGCUUGCCUAGCAAAGACGCCCCGAAGGUCCCUGAGCGGAGGAUCACGGGCAAAAGAGCCGUGAAGGCAGUUCAACUCGCUUCGGAAGCUCUUGCUGAAGAGCUGUUGAGGGACCAGGCCUGCUCCGCCGACGAUUGUGGUCGGCUGUUGAGCAUGGCGUUCGAGGGUGUUACCGGAGGCACCAAGCGGGAGCACAGGGGGGCCAGUGAGUUUCUCAACGGUGCUAGGUUCCUAUUGCCAUGGAGGUAUUAA